AAUUGUUGUGAUAAACUUAUUAAAUAGAUUUGGUUUAUGGAGUUUCUCAUCUGAUUGUGCAAUAAAAGUAUGGAAUCUUUGAGUGAUCAUUUUGAGAGUUCCGAGCAAACAUUUAGCGGAUCAAACGAGCAUGUGCAAAAAACUGUCGACGCGAGGAGUGUAGCAAAGCAUAUCAAAAAAGAUCCAUUAGCUUUCGAUUUCCUGUUAUGUCUGGUAUCAAGUGCUGCCAAGACCUACAGAAGGGAAACUACUCUGAAACCGGUUCCAAAACUCAACCAGGAGCCGAUGGAUGUGGCCAAAGCAUUCCAACUGGUCGAUGGACUCCCGAGUUUGACGACGAUAAUGCUGGAUCCAGACUGUCUCAAUCAAGUCCAGGUGUCGCUUUUGGAGUGGCUUCACUCUCUACGCAAUUCAUUCUCAUCGUGCAAACUAACAGACGUUCCUCCUUCAGUGGGUCUCGCAGAACCGAUUCCAGAUUUCAUUUUCAAACUUAAUCACUCCAAAGAGAUCGAAGACAGAUUCGCAGCACAAUCCAAGGAAACGUCGACCUUCUUCGCGCUGCAUGGAUCCCGACUGGAGAACUUCCACUCCAUCUCUCAAUGUGGACUACUGAGCAACCUGAGCAAAGAGGGUCUGUUCGGCGAAGGAGUCUAUCUGUCAAAUGAGCAGUCGGUCAGUUUGAACCACUCCUUCAGCUCACAUGGCUGGUCCAGGAGUAAGAUCGGCUCCAGUUUGAGCUGUGUGGCUGUUUGUCAAGUUAUAGACGAUCCCGAAAGUGUCAAACGCGGAAGCUCAGUUGGAUCUCCAGCCAACGGCAACUCCUCAACGUCUACUUCACAGAACAGGUCUGGAAUGCCAGAAUCCUAUGCUCUAGUCAAAAACGGAGAACUCAUUAUGGUCCGAUAUCUUCUUGUGUACAGAACCUCUCGAUCUAGAAUCCAAAGAAGACUUGGGGCCAUUUAUGAUGAAUAUUACUCAUCAAUUAUGGUCAUUAUGGCCAUAGUCGUGGCCACUGUUGCAUACAUGGUCUUUAAAUGCUUUUAUGAGGUGGACGAAGAUUCUGAUUUACAGCAAUACCUGAACACAGAAUACGCUCAUCAUAAUAUAAUUGUAUAAUAAGAUUGAAUAUGCAAUUGGAAAAUUAUCGCAACAGUGAAUGUGAAACAAUCAAUGAACGCUUGAGUUGCCACAACAAUUACAAAUAAAUAAACCAAGAUUAAUCGUGCCUUAUCUUGAUGUGGCUUGGAAAGCAAAAUUUCUUCUUUUCCAAACUCAGAUCUUGCCAUGAAUUCUUAAAACUCAAAACUCACUUGGAAUAUGGAAUUAUUUGUGGUGCUUGUGUUAAAUUUUAUUGUAUAGUUGAAAAAUUUAAAUUUCAGGAUA